AUGACUAUCACUCUAGUCGAUUUGGAAACGAACGGUUCUCUGGAAAUCGCUCACACUGCUUCUGAAUAUAAACCUCUCGACGUAGGACAUUGGUGUCCAAUGUGGAAACUAUGCAAGAUUCUCCUCUUCAUAUUCCUCUCAUUCCUAGCUCUUCUCUGCUUAUUCUUUGCUUUAUCAAUCGGAUACAUUAGUGCAAUUGUCUUCCUUCCAACAUGGUUCCCAGUUCAAGUCAACAAGCUUGCAAAGGGUCCAUGGAAUCUCGAAGACACUUAUGACGUGAAUGACCCUAAUAUCAAGUUGUCGCCUUGGGGACAACCCUAUGACUCGGAGUGUGGAAUGGUUCGGAUGAUAUUUUUGGAGAUGGAUUGCUUGGUGCCUGCGAAUAAAUGUUUGCAGAAAAUUGAGAUGUUUGAGAAGGAAAAGAACAUUGGAAAAUUCCAUAACAUCUCCAACUACUGCUUUGAGGCAGCGACCUGUAUGCGUAUGAUGGCUUGUAGAGAGGGAGAAUACCAUUACACGAAAUUCCACAAGUAUCCUCAUAACUUUUUUAUGAAUCAUAGCAGUCUUCCAAUUUGUAUGACCAAAUUUUAUAAAGCUGUUCAAGAAGAAUCGUUUGAUAAUUGCACUCGGGAGUUUCAGUUUUUGUCGAAAGACCCAAUCCUCAAAAACCACGCCUAUUUUCACGGAAAGUUCUGUUUCCAAGAGUUCUCCCGAUUGUUCUGUGAAACGGAAGUCGUCGAUUACCUCGACAGAUCUUAUGAGUAUUUUCUGGAAUUGGCCUUGAUCCCGACAAAGAUUGGAUGUGGAAUUUAUGAGAAAUUUGAAGCUCUGGAAUGUCAAGAUACAAUGGACACGUUUAAGAAGUCUGUCGAGAUUUUGAAAUUGGGAAAUCAAACAAGAGAGGAUUACAAGAAUGUUGCAAUUAUUUGUGAUGAAAUGCAGAAUUGCUUUUCCAACUUAACCAGCAAAUGUGCCAUCUCAUCUGAAUUCCUCAAAACGUCGAAUGAAUACUGUGAGAAGAUACAUUUCCUGUCCUCUCCAUUCUGGCAAUGUCUCAGUCGGAUGAAGAAGGAGAACACCCAACCAGAUCUUCUAAAGUACACAUGUUUCAUUGGCCAUCAGUUCGAUGAUGACUCCAUGGCUUGUCUAAGAUUCAGAGAUUCUGCAGUCUGUGUCAAGGAUAUAAUGAUGGAUCAUUGUGGAAUGGAUUCAGUGGAUAACUUUGAGUAUUUCAGAAGCUAUGUGCUUGAGAUGUGGGAUUGUUGA